ACUUGAGCAACAGUUGGCUUCAAGGCCCUUUAAGUUCAAAUAGCAGCCUCUUUGAUUUGGAUCAACUUCAAAGACUCAAUCUUGCAUACAACAACUUCAAUUCUUCAAUCAUUCCUUCAAGAUUUUCACAGCUUUCAAGGGACUAUUCCAUCCUCAAUUGGGAAUCUUUCCCAUUUGGUAAAUUUGGAUUUUCAAUUCACCAACCUUACUGGUCAACUUCCAUCCACUUUUGGAAAUCUUUCCAAACUUGAAGACUUGUCCUUGUCCUACAAUAGUUUUAGUGGCAAGCUUCCAAGUACAAUGGGGAAUCUGGUGAAGCUCAAGAGCAUUUAUCUUGAUCAUGCUGGAUUUACAGGUGAACUACCUUCAACCCUUGGUAACCUCAGACAACUUGAGUUUUUAGAUGUUGUGGGAAAUGGAAUCAACGGGCGAAUUCCAUUGUCGGUUGUGAACCUCACUCGGUUAACAACUUUGUACCUUCAUUACAAUGGUUUGAAUGGUGAGUUGCCACUAGGAUUGACAAACUUAACCAAACUUAAGUCCUUAGGUAUCUCAUAUAAUGCAUUGAGUGGAGCCAUUCCUUCAUCUUUGUUUACAAUGCCUUCUUUGAGUGAGGUUCUUCUAAAUGAAAAUCAGUUCACAGGUCCCUUAACCAUCCACAACAAUGUCACUUCAUCACAAUUGACCUCUCUCUCUUUAAGUUCAAACAAGUUAAAUGGCCCAAUUCCAAAUUCUUUGUUUAAGUUGAAGAGCUUAGUUUCACUUUCCCUUGAUUCAAACAACUUCAAUGGUACAAUUAAGCUAAACAUGUUCUCAAAGCUAAGAAAUCUUCAGAGCCUUUACCUUUCACAAAAUAGUUUGUCUGUAACAUACAUGUACUCAAAUUCAACCCUUCUUCCCAAACUAUUUUCUUUAGGCUUGGCUUCAUGUAACAUGAGUGGUAAAUUUCCUUACUUCUUGAAAAACCAAAAUGAGUUAAUGUUCUUAGACAUAUCCAACAACCGAAUUGAAGGUGAAAUUCCCAACUGGUUUAUCAACAUGAGUGUUGAGAAUCUUAACCAUUUGAAUUUUUCUCACAACCAUAUUACUCAUUGGGAAACACCUCAGUUUAUUCUUCCAUGGACUAACUUGAAAAUUCUUGAUUCAAGUUUCAACAAGCUGCAAACUUCGCUUGUUGUGCCACCAGUGUCCAUACAAUACUUCUUUAUGUCAGAAAACAGAAUGAGUGGAGGAAUUUCUGAUAUGUUUUGUGACUUUGUUGAUCUUGUUGUUCUUGAUGUGUCCAACAAUCACUUAAAUGGAACUAUUCCAUCAUGUUUGACUAGCUUCAGCACUGAGCUAUCCAUGUUGAGCUUGAAAGGAAACAAUUUUCAUGGAAAAAUUCCUCAAACAUUUUUGGAUGGAAACAAGUUGAUGACAUUGGACCUCAGUCACAACCAAUUUCAAGGCAAAGUUCCGAAAUCGUUGAUCAAAUGUAAGGCAUUAGAAGUUCUUAAUCUUGGACACAAUCAGUUAAGUGACAGAUUCCCAUUUUGGCUCCAAAAUCUUCCCGAGUUGCAAGUUCUUGUGUUGCGUUCCAACAACUUUUCGGGUCCAAUAUGGCAAAGAAAAAUGAUUGUAGGCUUUGCCAAGUUGAGAAUUGUAGACCUCUCUUUCAACAAUUUCAAUGGAAGAUUACCAUUUGACUACUUUAAGAAUUGGAGGGCCAUUAAUAACGAAAUUCCUAGAUCGAACAACUCGAAGCCUUUGUACAUGGAGAGAAAGGAAGAUUACUACCAAAACUCAGUGACACUAAUGAACAAAGGGUCAGAAAUGAAACUUAUGAAGAUCUUGACAAUCUUCACAUCUAUUGAUCUCUCAAACAACCAUUUUCAUGGUGAGAUUCCAACAAGUAUAGGAGAUCUUCCAUCAUUGAUUGUGCUCAAUCUUUCAAGUAACAAUUUUGAAGGCCAAAUCAUGUCUUCCUUGGGGAAUCUUAAGCAACUCGAAUCGUUGGAUCUGUCCAAAAACAAGCUUUUCGGUACAAUUCCUAGAGAGUUGGCUAGUCUCACAUUCCUUUCAUAUCUUAACCUUUCACAAAACCAACUCACAGGGCCAAUCCCACAAGGUGGACAAAUGGCUACAUUUCAAAAUUCUUCUUUUCAAGGAAAUGUAGGCUUGUGUGGCUUUCCAUUGUCAAUGAAAUGUGAACAAAGCAAUGAUGAGAAGCCUAGUAGUAGUGACCAAGAACAUGAAUCUAGUGAGAAUGGUUUCACUUGGAGAUCUGUGAUGGUUGGAUAUGGAAGUGGUUUUGUUGUUGGAGCUAUUGGUGGAUAUUUCAUCAUAUCAAAGAAACCAAAUUGGGUCACAAGAAUUUAUGGGAGAAAGUUUUAGUAUUGAUUGAUAUUCUACUAUAAUAAAUACUCUGAAAUGUUUGUUGUUAAUUAAUGUUUUCAUGUCUAGGUUGUUGAUCUCUUAAUCAGAUCAAUUUUAGAAUAAUUGUAUAUGUCUAAGUAAUAUGAAUUUUUCCCAAAUGUAAUAUGAAAUAUUAGUAUAUCCUUUUAUAUACUAAAUUUAUAGUUAUAUAAAUGUAUAUAAGGGAUUGUCCAAAAACAAUGUGAAACUCCUCCAAAUGAAAGAGACCCAAUAACACUCUUCAUAAUUCCAAACCAAAUAGUAGUUUAUUUAAUUAGAUAAGAAUAAAGUAUUAAUAAAUAUAUUAUAGAGAGAGAAAGAAGAAUUGGCUUCUUAUGGGAAAGAGUUUCUUUAAAAAUAUAACAACAUAACAACCCCAUUCACAUAACAAAACAAACAAACAAAAUUAAUAAUGAAUAAAUCACUAACAAAAAAGAUUAAUAAAAAAAAUAACUUCUUUUUUAUAAUGUUAGUAAAUAAUAUUUGAAUGUUAUUGGUGUUGAGUAUUGUGUUGAUCAUCAAAUCCGACGUAUAAUCAUGGUGCAUUUCUUCCCAAGCCAACGAAUACCUUUCUUGAAAGAAAUUUUAACAUUGGCUUCAGCACUGUACAACUUAUAAGAAGUAAUCCGACGUUGUCUCUUCAUCUCAGGCUCAUUCCACCACCACUUGAGAGAUUGAGAAGAAGAGGAUGAUGAAGACGACCUCUUUGAUGAUACCUUCAAAACCCCGUGUUUUGAAGAAGAAAGAGUUUUCGACGAUGGAUUAUAAUUAUGAUUAUGAUUAUUAGACCAACCUGUGUAUGCUAUGUUCUUCUCUAUAUUUCUACUUCCAACACCAUUGGAACGAUGUCGGAUUGUCUCUCCCAUCUGCUCUUCUCCUUCUCUCUCUCUCUCUUAACCAAUAAUUUUUUUUCUUGGUUUGGAGAGAGU